AUGAGAGUUUUGUGCUUUCUUAUGAUGUAUGUGUUCACUGACAAGAUUCAAGGUAAUGAAGAAGCGGAGGUGGACAGACAAAAUGUUCUCGAGAAGGCCCUAAGGACCGGCACUGUGAUUUAUCCUGAUUACCAUUUGGUUGCUAGGCAGAUAGCUACAGAUAUCUAUACAUUUACAAGUUAUAAAUCAGUUUCUGUAGUGUUCUACCCUAUUACAAGAGAAGUCUCUGAAGCACGCUUCACAUUUCAUUCAACGGAACUUCAUUUAAAUAACAUUGGAUCAUGCAGCCCAAACGAAGUAAUAGUCAAUUUGAAGUACGGCACGUACCCAGCUGUAAAUCCUGACGGUUACAACUUCCCGAAGGAUUUCAUUGAAAUGACUCGAAGGGAGCGAGUCCACACAUUAGGAUUUCUGUCCGAUGGAAAAAACGUUAGUUAUACGAUAGAAAAUCCUAAGCCAGGGAUCUGGUAUUCAUUGAGCUAUAUAAAAUGGGAGGAUCCCAAGACCCAGAAAAUUGUGCAGCAAGGUUUUGAUGCGGACUGCCAAACUAUACUAUACUCAGAUUUACAAGUAAAACUCGAAGAGAAUAUAGUACAAAUUGAUUGUUACUCAGACAUAGCGAUAGAGUAUUAUGUGUUGCCAGUCCUCUUCAAGUGUAUGUCAAUAAUGUCAGGGGAUGCAAUCAGUUUAAAUGUCAAAACCACAGAUAACCGAAAGCAGUACAUUGGCGUCGAUGCUUUGUCUAUUCCUUCAGAAGAUAAUAAUAUCGUAUAUUGCUCUUUAGAAAUGAAAGCUAGUAUUCAAGUGAUCACAUUCAUUCCCCAUCCAGCAGUCUGGCACUAUAUUCAAAUAGGAAAUAUCGAAGGUGAUGUUUCAAGACUACCAGACUGCCAAUCUAAUUACGCCAGGUCUGAUGACGACGAGUUUACCAAUCACACAGUAAUCGACCUCACGCGUGUUGAUAAGGGGCGUUUUUUUUCAUUCGAUUAUAGUCUGCCUUCUAGUGAUCCGUACAACGAGAUAAAUACUAUUAAAAUAAAUUCCUCUGAAAUAAAGUCAUUGAGAUUUAAAAUUAACCAGUUCGUGGAUAUUGGAGGCAGUCUUUUAAUAUCAGCGAGCCUUUUGAUGAAUUUGAGGUACUACGUGAGGUAUAGAAGAGACUUAGAGAAGCAAUCUCUGUUAGCUUUCACUCAUGACAAACAGUUCUUCAACGUCGUGAUAUGUAUGGAUAUUGGUCAUCCGAGCAUUCCAUUGCGUACUGGUCAAUGCAAAUACAACGAUAAAUUGACACCGGCAUUGUUUGUUUUGAACAGUAUAGACUCGGAGUCUAUUUAUGACAAGACGUAUAUUCCAUUUCCGGAAAGUGGGAUGUGGUAUUUGACUUUGAAGAUAUUCUGUGACGCAGCAGCAGGUCCGUGUAGGUCAGUUGAAAACCGGUCAAUGAACUACGUCGAUAUGUCUGUGGAUAAAGAAGAAGGUUCUAGUGUCAUUACCUCGGAGGACAAUUAUACUACUUGUAUAGGUACUUCAGAGUGCAGUGCGACAAUGGUGCUGGUUGUAUCGUCAAUGUCCUGUGUGAACAGUAGGUGCAGUAAUAACGGUGAUUGUCGGCUGCACGGUUUCGGAGGACUGGUUAUGUCUUUUUGUUCCUGCAAAGAUGGUUAUGGAAGUUGGGACUGUUCAGACAAUACAAGAAUGGAUAGCAGGGCCUGCAUGCUUACGUCUGUUCUUCUUCUCACUUUAAGUAAUCUUGUCUUUGUCCUUUCCAUUUACGUAGCUGUCAUACGUCUAUAUUACACGGAAGCCAUAAUGUACACAUUGACCAUGUUCUUCUCUACUUUCUACCACGCCUGUGAUGCACCAACUCAAGUCGCCUUCUGCAUACUACGACGUUACGUUCUUCAGUUUGGCGACUUCUACUGCGCUACGAAUUCUUUUUGGCUUACAUUAAUAGCUAUGUGCAUCAUAAGCGAUAGUGUAAGUGGCACGAUUAACUGUGACCAAGAAGGGGAGCAGGAUGCGAACAGGAAGAGGAUUAUUGAGCAGUUAACGAGAACUCGCACAGUGAUACUUGACGAUUACGACUUGGUAACUAGACAAAUAGCCACAGAUGUAUUCAUGUUUAGAAGUUAUCGCACAGUUUCUGUUGUGUUCUACCCUGUUAUGAGGGAUGUCACGGAGGCUCGCUUUACUUUUCAAUCAGAGGACCUUCAUCUGAAUAACAUUGGAUCAUGCAGUCCAAGAGAAUUAAUAGUAAAUCUAAAACACGGCGCGUACCCAGCCGUUAAUCCCGACGGGUACGACUUUCCUAAGGAUUUUAUAAAACCGAGCCGAAGGGGGGAGAUCCACACGCUGGAACUACUAUCGGAUGGAAGGAACGUCAGCUAUUCGAUUGAGAGUCCCCGACCAGGGAACUGGUACGCUCUUAUUUAUAUAAAAUGGGAGGAUCCGAGAACGCAGAGAGUUGAACAGCAAGGUCUUGUACCGAACUGUCAAACGAUACUCUACACGGAUUUACAAGUAAAACGAAAAGAGAAAAUAGAACUAGUAGAUUGUUAUACGGGCAUAACGAUAGACUAUAAUGCUCUACCCACACUCUUCAAGUGCAUAACAGUGGAUUCGGUAGACGCAAUCACUGUGGAUGUAAAGAUCGCCAACACGACUUCAGACCACCAAAAACUUUAUUUUAGAAUUGAUGCCUUGUCUAUUCCUACGGAAGAAAAUUAUCUCAUAUAUUGCGCCUUUGAUCCCGUAUCUAAUAAUACACAGACAAUAACUUUUACUCCCAAUCCAGGAGCCUGGCAUUAUAUUCAAGUAGGAAAAGUCGAAGGGAACGCUUCGACGCUGGCUGACUGCGAAUCCUAUUACUUGGGAACAGACCUUGAGGAGGAGCUAACCAAUCAUACGGUAGCCGACCUCAUGCGUGAUGACAAAGGUCGAUUUUUUGCUUUCGAUUACGGCCUUCCUUCAGGCGAUUUGCAAGACGCGACAAGUCUAAUUAACAUAACUUCCUCAGAAAUAAAAACAUUGAGAUUUAAAGUGAACCAGUUUUUGGAUAUUGGCGGCACUUUAUCAAUAGCAGCGAGCCUUUUAAUGAACUUGAAGUACUACAUGGGAUACAAAAGAGAGCUAGAAAAGCAAACUCUGUUAGCAUUUACGGAGGACAACCAGUUCUUCAAGGCCGUGAUAUGUAUGGACAUUGGUCAUCCGAGCAUUCCAUUACAGAGUGGUCACUGCAAAUACAACGAUAAGGUGAAGCCGGCAUUGUUCGUUCUAAACAGUACAGACUCUGAGUCUAUUUAUGACAAGACGUACAUCCCGUUUCCGGACAAUGGGGUGUGGUAUUUAACUUUUAGGAUAUUCUGUGAUGAAGUAGUGUGUCCCUGUAAGACAGAGAACAACGGGUCCACAUACUACGUAGAUACUUCUUUAGAUAAAGACGACGAUUCUGUUGUUAUUUCCUCUGAGGGUAAUAACACGAGGCCGGGUACUUCAGAGUGUAAUGCGACUAUAGUGCUGACGAUAUCGUCCAUGUCCUGUGUGAACGGCAGAUGCAGUAAUCACGGCAACUGUCAGCUUAAUACUUUUGGUGGUUUGGUGAUGUCCUAUUGUUCCUGUGCUGCUGGUUAUGGAAGUUGGGAUUGCUCAGACAGCUCAAGAAUGGAUAGCAUAGUGUACAUGCUGGUAUCUGUUCUCCUUCUCACAUUAAGUAAUCUUCUCUUUAUCCUCUCGAUCUACGUGGCGAUCAUUCGUUAUUAUUACACGGAAGCUAUGAUGUAUGCCUUCACCAUGGUAUUCUCCACUUUCUACCACGCUUGCGAUGCACCAGCCCAAGUCGCGUACUGCAUCGUCCGAGGUAAUAUUCUGCAGUUCGGUGACUUCUACUGCGGGAUUAUGUCUUUUUAUGUAACAUUAUUAGCUAUGAGCAUCAUAGGAGAUAAAAUGAAAUCUUCCCUCCAACUUACAGGCGCUAUUGUGAUAGCACUUCUAACUACGUGGAAUAUGUACUCUUUUAUAUCUUUUAUAUCUCCAGUAGCUGUAGGAGCAACAAUUUUAUUCACAUCCUGGUAUUUGGAUUAUAGAAAAAAUCGUACAAUGAGGUAUCCAAAGAAUUAUUAUUUCAGGUAUAUGCCGUUAGGUUUAAUUUUAGUGUCGGUAGGUUUAAUUUGUUUCGCUUUUUUGCAAACUGAACAAAAUUAUAAGAUAGUACAUUCUAUUUGGCAUAUGAUUAUUGCCUUAAGUGUGGUGUUCCUUUUACCUGAUGUGAGACGCGAUGUCAACGUGAACGCAUUCACGCCUAGUCCAAUGGAUUUGAAGUCCAGUUUUUAUAAAUAUUUCCAUAGAUCUCAGCCAGCUAUAGCGGCAGACUAA